CAGGUCUACGUCUAUCUAAUUAAGGGAUUGCGUGGAUGUGCCCUGAACUCUGGCCUUGUCAGCGGGUUUGGCUUUCAAUUUGACCGUCGCUUCUGCCUCCAACGCGUACAUCGCAACCUUGACACAAACGAAAUUGAUCGUCUUGAAACUGUGAUGCUAAUGUACAAUCUUAACAUUGUGCUUUUCCAAACGCUUCUUGAAUCUCCAUCCGGCGACGCUUCCGAUAUGCACAUAGUAGUCACGUACACAGGAGAGGAGAAUUCAACCCCUGAAAAGCUAUCAUGGAUUGGUAGUGAACACCAGCUACGUUUCCCUGCUCAGGUUGACUGCGAAGGCCUCAACCGGGUCAUUCUUAACUUACAGGGCAGUUCAACACAAGCCUAUGACAUGGGUGACAACUACGCUGCCUGGUUUGAGAAAUACCUCGGCUUCGAGACCCGUCUUCUCUACAUUGGUGAUGGCUCUCGUGCUGCACUUGGGACAUUAGCGCCUCACAGCGACGGCGCCGUUCGCAAGAGGGGACGUUACCGCGCAAUUCUCUGGGAUCUAACACCUGCUCUCUGCAGGCCAAGUCCUGAACGCCUGGUCUUCAACGAUAUUGCACAGUAUCUGGUAGUCACUAGAGUGUCCAACGAUACCGUAAGAGCACGGUUGGACGAUGGGCUGGACAUGGAUAUCCUCAAGUUCCGGCCCAACAUAGUUCUAUCUGGAAGCCCUUCUGCUUUUGUGGGAGAUUACUGGGCCGAGCUUUACUUUCCCGACACCAACAUGCGCCUGACCCUCACUUCGAACUGCCCCCGUUGCCAAAGUAUCACCGCAGAUUUCAAAACUGGGCGAAUUUCCAAUGAUGGCAGGGGAAAGGUCUGGAAGAAGCUGAAUAGAGACCGUCGGGUUGAUAAAGGGUUCAAGUAUCACCCUAUUUUUGGGCGCUAUGGCUUUUGUGAAGAUAAGGAUAUCGGGAAGCACAUCACUGUUGGCCAAGAGGUCUGGGUUACCAAGUUCAAUAAAGAACAUUCAAUUUUCGGUAAGUCUACCCAGUCACAGAAUCCUCAGUUUCUGAAGGUAUGCAAUUACUAA